AGCUCUUAAGACAAGUAAUUAUAUAAUAUUUAUGUCUGAACUUCAAAGCUCUCUGCAGCUUCCUGUGUUAGACUUAACACAACCAUUUCAGUCCUCUGUUCUGUCUUCUCUCUCUCAGGCUUGUAAAGAGUGGGGAUUUUUCUAUGUCACCAAUCAUGGAAUCUCUAAAGAGAUGUACAGUAGAAUCUAUUCAUUGUCCAGAGAUGUUUUCAAUGUUCCUCUUGAAUCAAAGCUCAAGCUUAGCCCCUUUUCAUAUACUCCUCGGUACAUUGCCUCUCCAUAUUUCGAAAGCCUCGUUGUCUCUGGACCCGAUUUCUCUGGUUCUGCAAAAGCUUCUGCAGAUGUUUUGUUCCAAGAUCAUAGUGAACCAGCGCUAAGAGAAACACUGCAAGAGUAUGGCACUAAAAUGGCAGAAUUAUCCAAAAGACUCGUGAAGAUUCUCUUGAUGAUGACCUUAGGAGAUGAAACCGGGAAGAAAUUCUAUCAAAAUGAGUUUAGCAAUUGCCAUGGAUACUUAAGACUGGUAAACUACACGCCCCCACACGAUGUAGAAAAGCAAGAAGAGCUCGUUGAAGGUCUUGGGAUGCACACAGAUAUGAGCUGCAUAACAAUAGUCUAUCAAGAUUCAGUGGGUGGACUUCAGAUGAGGUCUAAGGAAGAGAAAUGGAUUGAUAUAAAUCCAUGCGAGGAUCUGCUUGUUGUUAACAUUGGAGAUCUUAUGCAGGCGUGGAGCAACGGACGGCUGAGAUCGUCUGAACAUCGAGUUGUAUUGAGAAAGCUGGUGAACAGAGUCUCCCUGGCGUUUUUUCUCUGUUUCGAGGAUGAGAAAGUGAUACUUGCGCCACAAGAAUUGGUAGGGGAGGGAAAUUGCAGGAGCUACAAGUCGUUUAAGUGUUCGGAGUAUCUGAAAUUCAGACAGAGUCAUGAAGUAGGGAAGUUUGAGAGAAUUGGUUACACUGUCAAAGACUUUGCUGGACUCAAGCUGCCUCAACCAGAUGAUCCUUGAGAGAAAAAACCGGUAUUUCGGUUUAGCGAUCACUAAACCGAUUCCUGGUUAAGAAAGGGGAAAAAGGUUCCGAUUGAUGUGACUUUGUGAGUGUCAUGCUAAUAUCAAAUAUUAGCUAGUGGAAUCCAAAGCUACUUUUAGAUUUUAUUUUUUAUUUUAAAAAACAUGUUUAUUCAUAGUGGGAGUAAUAGUCAAGCUAGACUCAGUAUAAAUGGUGAACAAAGAAGCAUGAGUCUGACUCACAAAUGAUUGUGUCCUGAAAAGGACUUG